GAGAAAUGCGUCACGGCUCAGGCCUGGGCUCGGCCCAGGCCACCGCGCCGGCCCCAAGAGCUCGGGGAGGCUCCCUUAUCCCCGUACCCUGACCCAGCGCCUCGUGUGAGCGAAAUUAGUGCGGAAGGAAGAGGGGGAGAAAUUGCGCGCUGCCUGGUGAAAAGGUCACCAUCGGACAAGGAAGUGUACAAAACCGGUUCUGCAUAAAAGUUGGUGAUAACCAACUGAGAAGCAUUUUCAUCACUUGCCUCCUGAUAGCCUCUUGUAACAAGAGUGCUCUGUCGUGCUGCCAUCUUCCAUUAGGUCUGCACGAGUGAAAAGUGCUGAAGGAGUGUAAUAAAUUGAACCUGUGCAGUUAUACUGAUCGAGAAAGACAGAAGACAGUUUGAACCAUGGCAAGCCAGGACUUGAUGGCAAAAAAAAGAGAAUGUCUCCAGGCCUACAGCUGGUGGAGAACACCACAGAAGAAACGGAAGAAAAAGAACAAAAUAAAACCAGGAAGAAUAGAGUUCGUUCCAAGUAGUACUAACACAACCAGACCGGAUUAUUCAAUAUUUGUUGGGGAGCUGACUCCAGAAGUAGAUGAUUUUCAGCUCUAUGACUAUUUCCUAAAGAGGUACCCUUCAUGUAUCGACUGCAAAAUAGCAACAGACCUGCUGGGAUAUUCCAGAGGGUAUGCCUUUGUCAGAUUUGGUGAGCAAGGUGAUCAGAUGAGGGCACUGCAAGACUGCCAGAAUGCACCAGGUCUGGGGGGAAAACGAAUCCGGCUGAGCAUAGGAAUUUCUAAAAGGCUGAAAGCGGAAUUCCAGCGGUACCAGUCAUACAACUAUAAUGAUUAUUAUCAAGAUUAUCAGAACUACUAUUCACAGUGGAAUUAUGAUCCUUAUGCUGACUACAACUACAGCUCCUAUACUCCCUAUGAUAGCAUGCAAACUGUUGGAGACUGCUCUUUAGGAGAUGCUGUUAUGGCUCCAGCUGUUUUUGAGGAAGCUUCAACUAUGACUGAAAUUAAUGAUGACUUAAUAACUGAAGAUCCACAGCUAUACUUGGAUGUUGAUGAAAUGAACAGACAAUUUAUGGAGACAAGUGAAGAACUUUAUGAUGCCCUCAUGAAUUGUCACUGGCAACCUCUGGAUACGGUCACUUCUGACAUCCCUUCUGCUAUUUAAGUGUCUUAUAUAGCAUGACCGUAAUGACCAAGGUGCUAAAAGUACAUUUCUUCUACAUUACUCUAGAUCAUAAGUUUUAAAGCACAAUGAUAGGUUGGGUUUUGUUGGGUUUUGGUUUUUUUUUUUUUUUUUUUGCUAUGCUUUUGGCAGUUUCUGUAAUUUUUUUUGUUUUGUUCAUCACUUGGAGCAUCUUGAAAUCAUGUAAAUAUUCUAGAAAUGUAAAGAGUUCAAUGGGGUCUAAAGAUAGACUUGCCUGUGUAAAUAAAAUUUUGUUUCUGCAAACUGGCCAGCAAGGGAUUUUACUUAUGUAUGCGAAACACCUUCUCUUCUGGCUUGUGGAAUUUAGCUGGAGGCAGUAGGGGUAUUUCACUUGUCUUUGGUAUGGGCAUCAUCCACUAGCAAGAACUAGCUCCUUCCAAGAUACCUAGGCAACCUUCAAGCUCUUAAUUUUAACAGUUUUAACAUACAGAAGGAUAAACUUUGAGCUGCUGUAGCUGCAAGCAUUCCAAAGACUAAGGAUGAUACCCACUGAAAUUUGAUUUUUGCCCAUCUUGUUAGUCUUCUCAUCUGACCCUUUACAGCAAAGAAACUGCUGUAAUAUAAUAUCUGUUCUUACACAUAAAAUCUUUGGAGAAAAAAACCCCUGUGGUUUAAAAGGAGGUAGAAAAACCCAUCAGGAAUUACAGUACCCCAGAAUCCUCUGUUAUUUGUUCAGUCUUCAUGCUGAGAUGUUUCAUAGUGAAGAGAUUUAUAAUAUUUUAGUAGGAUGACAGUUCUCAGUGUUCAAGUCAAGAGAUUAGGGGAGGUGGCAAUGAAGAAAGUUCUGCUUUAAGUUAGCAACUUCUGAGGUGGCUUCCUCUAACCUGUUCUUAUCUGAAAGGAUAUAAAGUAUUUUCUAGUCAUAGGGACAGCUUAAGCUCCUGUUGGUACUUAAUGUACAUAAUAAAAUAAAUUCAGGCUGGAAACAAAAGAAUACUUCUUGAAGAGAAAAAGGUAGAAAUUAUCUUAUAGCUAAUAUAUGUGAAAGGUUCUAAAGCUACUCAAGGCAUUUUGGUACUGCCCUGUGUAUUUUGGGGGCAGCCUAAACCAUAAUUGCUAGAAUGGCAAUUUUUUUUUUCUUUAAUGACUUAAUUACAUUAAAGUGGUUGUCAUAACCUAUAUGCUGUUCUUAAAUGUGAAACAAGUACUGCAUUGCAGAGUGAUGACUUGGCAUGGCAGGUCCCUUCUACCUGCUCACUAGAAUCUCCCUCUUUUUGCAGUUUAAUUUCAACUGGGAUUUUUUUAAGUCCAGCCCCCAUGAAAGGUCUUUUGGUGUAAUAUAGGAACUUCAUUCUUCCUGGAUUUUGAUCAUUGUGUAUGUAGAAGGACAGAAAACAACCCCCCCUCAUUUAGGCAGGGAGAUUACUACCACAGUCUUAGAAAUUGUUUCCCUGCUUUGGGAAGAACUAGUUGCAAAGUGGCUGAAAACUGGCAUUUUGUAGGUGAAUGUUUCCCCAGUGUGAACUGGUCAGUCUUUGGAGGGUCAUACUAGGGAGAUUAUUAAUGGGAAUGUGACAGAAAGUGGAAUAAAUGAAGCAAAGAGUCUAGAUGGGAAAGGGAUUGUGUGCCUGCAUAGAAGUGCUUCACAGGAUUGCAGAAGGGAGGAAACUCAAGAUCGGCCCCUUGAAUUUGGAUGUGGAGAUGUUAAACCUUCAAAACCAUGCUGGAUUUGAUGUCGUUUCAGUUGUAGUGCACAGAUGUGGUACCUGAGCUUGGUAGUACAAACCAGUUGCUAGGCAAAGGAUUUUGUAUCUAGCAAGCACUGUCAUCAUAAGAUGGAAGAUUAUAACCCAGGCACAGACCUUGAAGCUUCCUGCUUUGAAGUGCAUAUCCUGUUUUGCAUAGUGUUACCUUAACACCAUACUUAAGCUUCAGCAAGUAAUUUGUGGAAACCUUUCAUUGUGUUACCAGAUGCUAAGGGUGCGUGUUGGCUUGGUAGAAGUCAUGUGGAGUAUCCGUCGAUGUUUAGCUUUUGCAAGGUUGAUCCAUUUGUGCAUUAUGUAAUGAGGAGGCCAUGUAGUUGUAGUUGUAUGAUUUCCCUUAGAUCAGCACUGUAUCACCACAGCUCAUAAACCUCAGACUUUGUAGUCUCCAUAUCUGUGCAGAUUUUACAUGUUAGCAAAGUCUCCACACUCGGCAUUAGAGACUGUUGUCAGACAUGCAUCUUCUGUUCUAGCCUGUAAAGUGUCUGUAUAGUGAAAAUACUGUUUAUGAAAUCAGUGAAAGAGGUUGUUUGGGCCAUUAGUUCUGCAAACCUGAGAAAUGUUGGGGAAUAGAUUUUCUUUAGUCAGCACACAAGAAAAGUGAGGUAAAGAAGGGAGUCUGCUGGUUGCAGCCUUGUGUUACUCUUUUAAAUACCUCUCUGUUUUCUGUCUCCUGAGCCUUUCUAGUCUAUACUGCUUACCAGUUAGGAGUUCAUCUAUGGGAUCAAGAUACUGUGUGCAGCACACAUUCUUUACUGUAAAGGCACACCAAAAAAACUUUUCUGUAUUGACAUAAGCACAAAUUUUGGGAAAAAGUGAGCGCAUCAGAUGUACUGGCGUUCAUUGCUGAGACUUUUAACUGAGGAAACUUCCAGCACUGGUCCAACUACUGCCUGCAUUAGUGAGCUUACACAAAGACCUGAACACAUCCAUCAUGCAGAUGCCUGCUCUCGGUUCUACAAAGAGCUGAUUGCAGUAGAAACAUUUAAAAAGUAUUGGGAGCAAUGUUUUCCACACCAUGCUAUUUCACUUUGGUUGUGUUUUGUCUGUUUUACCCAGCUGAAAUGUUGUGGGGUUUUUUAAGUCUGAUGAAGGGGUUUUUUGAAGAAUAUCUAGUACUGGUUUUAUAACCUCUUCAUUGUACCUAGCUCUGAUAGAUAGUGCCUUUACCUGAAACCCACUUCUUUCUUGAAGAGUAAUGUUUUUGUUUUCCACUUAUCUGAACAGAAGAGCUUUAGUACCAUGGUUUGAGGGGCUAAUGAUCUUGCAGUCAGUGAACAGGGAAAAAGAAAUAGGCUAAAAACCCGUGAAGACUGAAAAGUGUAAGGUUAAAUGGUACUUAAGCCGUGAAUGUUUCUUUUUGCAGGAAUGCUCUUGGACCAACAGCUUCUUUCUAGCGCUACCUCAAAGUAACUUGCAGAUAUAACUCACAGGGAAGAUUGAUCAAAUGGUGAUGAUCACUAUCAUUCUGCUGGAGAUAUAUAUAUAUUUGCCUUUUGUUUUGUCUCAUUUUUAAUGACAUUUAUUUAACUUCAGUGACUCAUGUCAAUAGACGUUGUUUGACUACAUCAACAAGUAUUUCUGAGUCAUGAGUUUCUUUAAAGGUAUGUCACCAUAUGGAAAUUGUUCUAAAUAAGUAAAUAAAGCAGCACUUGAAUUUACAGAGCAAA